GUUCCGGAACCGUGUUGCGUGCGCAGCGCACUGGGCGGUGCCGUUCCCUUGUUCGCCAUACUUGCUCUGGAGAGCAGAGUAACGGACGCACCACAGUAAAGGCACCUGAAAUCACAACUGCAUUACAUAAAGACAUGGCUGAAGAUGAGGUGACUCCAGAGCAGCUAACAGCCAUUGCAGCUGAAAACGAAGAGCCAGAGCCGGUGAAUUACAAGCCACCUGCGCAAAAGUCAAUGAAAGAGAUUCAGGAGCUGGAUAAGGAGGAUGAGAGCCUACGCAAAUAUAAGAAAGCGCUGCUUGGCUCUGGGGACUCUGAGGCUGUCUCAGAUCCCGAUGUUCCCAAUGUCCAAGUGAUCCGGAUGUCUCUGAUCUGUGAAACCGCCCCAAACCCCCUGGUGCUGGACCUGCAAGGAGACCUGGAAUCCUUUAAGAAGCAGGGGAUUGUUCUGAAGGAGGGCGUUGAAUACAAAAUAAAGAUCAGCUUUAAGGUGAACAAGGAGAUUGUUUCAGGACUGAAGUAUGUGCAGCAGACAUUCAGGAAAGGAAUAAAGAUUGAUAAAUCCGACUACAUGGUGGGGAGCUACGGGCCUCGUUCUGCUGAGUAUGACUUCCUGACGGCAACGGAGGAAGCUCCUAAAGGCUUGUUGGCCCGUGGCAACUACGAAGUCAAAUCCAAGUUUACUGACGACGACAAGCACGACCACCUGUCCUGGGAGUGGAACCUCAAUAUAAAGAAAGACUGGAAAGACUAAAAGAGGCCUUUGUGUUCGGGGGGAAUCACAAAUCCCCCAGUUCUGUGCGUUACUAAGCCACUCCCCGCCCCCCACACUUUGUUUUUACUUUGUUGUGCAUUUCCCAUAUUCGUUACUGCCGCGUUGUCUUAACACCCCGCCAUCCUUCCCACCUCUGUAGCACGAUCCAUAGCAGCAGUCGCCUCGCCACCACAUCCGCCCAGCCAGCACCUCCCUAUUUGCCUGAUAUUGCUUGCACACAAGCCACUUCUGCCGUCCUCACUCCCUCUCCUCUCCCACUGAGCUGUUCCAUGUAGCACCUUCAUUCCUCACACCCAGCCGUUUUUUUUUUCUUCUUCUUUUUCUUCUGGAAUUUUGCUGCUUGAAGAGAUUAACCCCGCCUUCCACCUCUCCAGAAUGGUGUCUUCCUCUCUCACUAUGAAGUAUGUAGAAAAGCAACUGUACAAUCAACUUUUGUUUGCCUUUUUUUAUAUAAUUGUAUGAAUGGUUGUGUAAUGUGACAAUAUUCAUAUCACUGUUAAUCAGCUGUUGUGUCCAUAGCAGGCCCACCACAUCAUCCAUCCCUCUCUACAGCUUUCCUUUGCUUACUGUCUUUUGAUAUAAUUACCAAUACCUGCCUUGUAAAAACAACUUAUUCAGAGCUGCUCUGCAGCGCCUCUCCCGCCCAUCAAUGUAUUCACCCACUCUCCUUCAAAUGGGGGCUGAGGUCAAAGUGAACAAGGAAGUAAAAAGUAUAAAGGUAAAAAACAAAAGCUGCCUUAUGUAAGGACUAAUUUCUAAACCUGUUAAUGUGAUAUAGGUGGUGCUUGCUAUCAGGUUGUCUGUAUAUCAAGGGCUCACUCUCGCUACCAACCAAUAACCACCUGUAGCCCUGUUGUAGUGGAGAAUGUUUAUACAUAUACUCGGAUACAGGUUCUGCAAAAUAAACUGACCUUGUGAUUUGAGGGGACUAAAGGUUAAAGAAUUGGAGAAAUGUUAAAAAACCCACUGAAAAUCAGUAUUGAAGAAUAUUGGCUCUCUUGUUCCUUUUAGCCAUGAGGCCUUAGCACAAACUAUAAUUAUGUGGAGAAAAACAAUCCUUUCUAGUUGAGCAUUAUUUUUUAGUUCCCGUUUGCCUUAAUGUACAUCAUUCCCCCAACAAAGCCCCCCCCCCCCCCCCCCCCACACACACACACACACUCGUUCAGAUUGCUUCAUAAUUUGUAGCUGCAGUCAGGAGAGCCCAGGUGUUGAGGAGGAGGCUGAACCAGGCACCGCCUGCUGCUGGAGACCUCGGCGGUGUCUUGUCUCGCCCACAGACCGCCACUGGUAGUGAAGAGAGAACACUAACCACCCUUUUUACCCAGUGGCCCUCGGAAAGAAAGCAGGUGAACCAAGGUUCAGGUGACACUACCAACGAAACAUGCUCGACAUCUAAUGAGAGAGGAACUGACUAGAAACAUUUCAUUGACAUCGACUCGUACUGUACCAGAACAUAUGGAUGUAAAAACAAUUUUUUUGUUUCUUCCGAUAAUGAUAACUAUGUAUUCCCGCUCCAUACAUUCCUUCAUAUUGUACAGUUUCUAUGAAAACGCUGGCAUGCUGGUGGUGUUGUGUAUAUUCUAUCAUUUGUGAUUGCUCUUCUCGGCCAAUAAAGAUUUUGCUCAA